AUGUCGGGCCACGCCUUUGAGGACCUCAAGUUCUUUGCCUUCUCUCGUCGCCAGGCCGAUGGCUCGGUUGGGACGCCUUUACCACUGUUCGUGAACAGUGAACUCAUCAAUCGGACGACAGAUCAUUUCAGAAUCACCGGAUUCGCAGAGGGCCGCGUGUCUGACCUGGAAGCCGCUUUCCCCUCUACUCGUCCGUCGACCACGGGUCAGUACGAUUACUAUGAAGACAGCGAUCUUGAGGAUGAGGAACCCUUCGAUGAACCUAUCUCGCCCACUGCAAAACUGGCGGUCGCGGACGGCGUUGACGAACCUAUCUCGCCCACUGCAAAUUCAGCGGUUGCGGACCGCGUAGAACCUAUAGGCUUGACGUGGGCCACUGCAAACCCGGUCGCGGACUACGUUGACGAACCUAUCAAGGCCACUGCAGAAUUGGUGAUCAUGGACGGCAUUGACGUUCGAGAUACUAUCCCGUCGUGGGCCACUACAGAAACAGAACUGGCGGUCCUGGACGACGUCAACGAACCUAUCUCGGCCACUGCAGAACUGGUGGUCGCGGACGGCAUUGACGAACCGGAUCACUCUCUGAAAGGCGUCAGUUUGAUGUCAAAAAGAAUGCCUACAGAUGUCGAGGCGGCUGAGGCGCCGUCAACAUUAGAUAUCUCGGACCAGAAGGCGCAAGACUCGCAGAUACGGGCAGACCCCUCAAGCAAUUACCGCCCCAUCAUUUCCACAGUGACAAGCAAGCCUGGGCGGGUUAUCCAUGUUCAACAUAUUGCUCAUGCGACCAUGAGAGCCUUCGUUUAUUGGGCAUACUUCGACGAGAUCAACUUCGCACCACUCAAAUCUCAACAGCGCCUCCAACGUAAUAUUGCAAAUGGCAGCCCCGCUUGUUCACCCAAGUCGAUGUAUCGUCUUGCGCACGAGUAUAACAUCGAGGCGCUCAAGACGAAGGCUGCUGGUGACAUCAAGUCAAAGCUUUCGGUGGACAACAUUCUCUCAGAACUAUUCUCGCACUUUACGUCGCUGUAUGGGCUCUCCUGCUAA